AUGGUCAGCUCCUGUUGUGGCGCCACCGGCUGUGGCCAAAGCUGUGGCUCUGGCUGCUGUCAGCCCUGCUGCUGCUGCUGCUGCCCCUGCUGCUGUGUGAGCACCUGCUGCCGGCCCUGCUGCUGCUGUCAGCCCUGCUGCUGCCAACCCUGCUGCCGCCCCUGCUGCUGUGGGUCCAGCUGCUGCCGCCCCAGCUGCUGCACUUCUAGCUGCUGCCAACCCUGUUGCCGCCCCCGCUGCUGCCAGGUCACUUGCUGCAGAACCACCUGCUGCCGCCCAGCCUGCUGUGGCUCCUGUGGUUCUGGCUGCUGUCAGCCCUGCUGCCCCUGCUGCUGUUUGACCAGCUGCUGCCAGCCCUGCUGCCGCCCCAGCUGCUGCGGGUCCAGCUGCUGCCAGCCCUGCUGCCGCCCCAGCUGCUGCAUUUCUAGCUGCUGCCAGCCCUGCUGCCGCCCCAGCUGCUGCGGGUCCAGCUGCUGCCAGCCCUGCUGCCGCCCCAGCUGCUGCGGGUCCAGCUGCUGCCAGCCCUGCUGCCGCCCCAGCUGCUGCGGGUCCAGCUGCUGCCAGCCCUGCUGCCGCCCCAGCUGCUGCAUUUCUAGCUGCUGCCAGCCCUGCUGCCGCCCCUGCUGUUGCAGGACCACUUGCUGUAGAACCACCUGCUGCCGCCCAGCCUGCUGUGGGUCAUCGUGCUGCUGA